AGUCCAAUGUCUACUUCUAGUGAUAGCUAUUCAUCUGGCGAUGAAAAAGAUGAYUCGGGUUCUUCAGAUUUUGGCAAAGAUUCGAUAUCAACGAAUAGUAUACAACAUUUGAAAACUGAUUCAGAAUCCGAUACUUUUAGUACAACUUCUGACUCAAGUCUCGAUAUUAAAGCUAAUUAUAGGCCUGAAGUCAGAUCCAAACCGGAACUACCGAUGAAACCAAAUAUGGGUAAAAUAAAUGCACAAACAAUAACAACAACAACUCCGAUGGCACCCGUAUUGCAGAUACCAUCAGCUAAACAAUCGGUACUUCCGAUGACUUUAUUUGUAAACAAUACUAAUCCAGUUGAAGAACAAGAAGAAGAGAUGAAUGUAAAUUCAAUACAAAAAAUUAACGACACAUUUACUAAUGAAGAAAUGUUCAAAACUGAUGAUAACUGUGUGACACAAAUAAUAUGUGAUCCCGAUUAUCAAGAUAUCAAUGAAUCCAAUGAGGAAAUGAAUGGCAUGGAUGGCAUGUAUAGCAGUCUAUCUGAAAGUAUUGAUAAUAACUAUUUAGUUGAUAAUAAAGAAGAAGAAUCGAUAUCGCCUGAAGCACAYGACAAGCACAGAGUCAUCAAAUUGGCUGAAUUGGCACAAGAACUGGAACAGUGUCGACAAGUGAAACGGCCGGCACCGCAGCCGCCAAACAGUUCAUCGCCAGAGAUWAGCGAUGACUCGAUUGAAAGCGACUAUAAAAGUACAGCAACUGAAAGCAAACUAACUAUUUUUAACAACAAAAGUGAGACAACAAAACAACAACAAUUGGUUUCGUCUUCUGCAUUAAACACAUCUUCAUCGACACCAAUGAAACAACGAUUUUCAUCUAUUAGAAAGUUAUUGCACAAGAAGAUCGACAAAGCGAUAUCCGACAAAAAUAAAGUUACAAUUAGUGAGCCGACACUAUCAACAGCUCCGGACACUUCCAGUGAUAGAAAAGCGUGGAAACAAUCAGAGUUUGAUAGAACAACCAUUAAGAUUCUUCAUCCCAGCGAUAUGACCACCAAUAUUCAAGUAAAACAGUACACAACUAACGAACAAUCAUCUGAACAACCUCCAGAAGCGCCUCCAAGGGCUCCAAAAGUCAACCGGCCAUCAGUACCUGCCCGUCGGCGAAAUAAGUCUGUUCCCAAUACGGGAUUAUUAGCCCACCAGCGCGAGCCACCGCCACCCGUGCCCGUGGUUUUACAUCACAAAACACUUGAAAAGAGUAGUUCAUUGCCUAUUCACACAAAUAUCACAAUUACUGCCAAUAAUAUUACAAAUACCUCAAUACAUCAAAAAGCACCGAUAGCUGAAACCACUGUCCAGAACAGUCUAAAUGAAGCGUACAAUCAAUUGGCGAAAUCWAAUUUGUCUAAUUUGUUGGCYAUUAAGCUCAAGAUUGAAUCCAAGUGUAGUCAACAGUUAUACAAGUGGACAGAUUUUGAAGUGACCACCGCUUUGACGUUGGGUUCGGUUAAAGUAUACAAAGAUUGUAUUGUUUCCGAUACACGAAAGUUUGUCAAUCUAGUGGUAUUAUCUGACUGUUAUUGUGCACCGAUUGUCAACCAAUUUCGUGUCCACAAUGAACUGGUUCUUGUAUUGGACUACAAAUGGACCCAAUUUUGUUUGUUGGACUCAAUGAGCGCAAAGACAUUUGAACAAAAACAGAUCAACUCAUUGAUACUCCAAUUGUACUCUAUAUUAGAGUAUUUUGAGAGUCAYCGAUACAAUCAAUUGCCUGAAAAUAUCGUUAAUACAAUAAUUAUCGGCGCAUCCAAUGAUGAUAUCCUACUAAUUAUACCAUUGAAUAAUGACAGCACCGAUAGUAAUAUCGGAUCCCAAAUAACACUUCACCAGUUUUUAUCGCAAAUGUUAGCCAAACUGUUGCCUAACUCGUUGUUUGCUUCAGUUGGUCACGACCUGACACAACCGUCAAUACAAAUAAAUCAAUCGAAAACUAUUGUUCAGAUGAUAGCAUUUUACAUACCGGUGCACGAAAUGUGCAAUACUAGCAACGAUGCUGACACUGACCGGCAGAUUAACUAUUGGUUUGAUAUAAAUCGUUCAAAAUUUAUUAAUCAAUUUUGUUGUCUCACUGACACUAAUGUGUUGACACAAUUGGAUUAUAUUUAUCUUAACUUUUUAUGCAAUCAUAGCAUUGAUAUGAUCCGUAAUGUUCUCCCAUUGAUGAACAGCUUUACAAACAAUUGAAAAAAUAUUUUAGUUAACUUUCAAAAUAUUAGUUUUAUUUUAUAAUCUAAUCAAUUUUAAAUAGUUUACAAUA